GCAAUCGGCAAACGGUCACACCGAGGGCAGUCUUUCCCUUCGUAUAUCGUGUCGUCGUCUCUUUUGUGAACAAAAAAUACGAGGAAAAUCGCCCAAAUCGAGUUUAUUCGACUGGGCAUUAGCAAUUGUGUGGAGAUAAACGAGUGAAUACGCGGCUGGCAAUCGAACGCAACGAUAGUUGCUCAUUUUCCUGCACCCCUGAGUUACAAUAAAAGCCGUCAAAAUUGAAUCGACAAAGAUUGACGAGACUUUUUCUUCCACCACAACUGCGAUGGAGGAUAAAGCAACAACAAAAGAUCUUGAUCAAUGGAUUGAGCAGUUGAACGAAUGCAAUCAGUUGACAGAGACACAAGUUCGCACACUCUGCGACAAGGCCAAGGAGAUCCUCUCCAAGGAGUCCAAUGUGCAGGAGGUAAAAUGCCCGGUGACAGUGUGCGGAGAUGUCCACGGUCAGUUUCACGACCUGAUGGAGCUGUUCCGGAUAGGCGGCAAGUCCCCGGACACCAACUACCUGUUCAUGGGCGACUACGUGGACCGUGGAUACUACUCCGUGGAGACCGUGACCCUUCUGGUGGCCCUGAAGGUUCGCUAUCGCGAGCGCAUCACCAUCCUGCGCGGUAACCACGAGUCGCGCCAGAUCACACAAGUGUACGGCUUCUACGACGAGUGCCUGCGCAAGUACGGCAAUGCCAACGUUUGGAAGUACUUCACGGAUCUGUUCGACUACUUGCCACUGACCGCACUUGUCGACGGGCAGAUCUUCUGCCUGCACGGCGGCCUCAGUCCCUCGAUCGACAGUCUGGACCACAUUCGGGCCCUCGACCGCUUGCAGGAGGUUCCGCACGAAGGUCCCAUGUGCGAUCUGCUGUGGUCCGAUCCCGAUGAUAGGGGUGGCUGGGGAAUCUCGCCUCGAGGCGCCGGUUACACUUUUGGUCAGGACAUUUCGGAAACCUUUAACAACACAAACGGCCUGACACUGGUGUCCCGCGCCCAUCAGCUGGUGAUGGAGGGCUACAACUGGUGUCACGAUCGCAACGUGGUCACAAUAUUCUCAGCGCCAAACUAUUGCUACCGCUGUGGCAACCAAGCGGCUCUCAUGGAACUGGAUGAUUCACUUAAAUUUUCAUUCCUACAAUUUGAUCCAGCACCCAGGCGCGGGGAGCCUCAUGUUACGCGAAGAACACCCGAUUAUUUCCUUUAAGCUGGAUUGCUCGCACCUACGCAGCUUACAUUUACACAUAUUACAUCGCAUUAUAACAACAAGAAGAACCGAAACAAUAUAUAAUAUAUACAAAUCCAACCAGCAGCAACAAAAUAAACAAAAUGGCAAGUGCUGUCGAAAAAAAAAUACUACCAUAAAAAACAACCCAAAACUAAAAACCUCGAUGCAUUUGUUUUGUGGAGAUCGUUUUAAACAGAGAGCAGAUAUUGUAUAAACAAAGAAAAAAAUAUUAACCAUAACAGUCGAGAACACAAAAAUGCAUUGAACAGUUAUUGUUGUUGGCCACUGUUUAAAAGAAAAAAAAAACCGGAAACGUCGCCAGCGGGGGCGGCAGGCAGAAAA